AUGCUUGUCUUCGUGCCUAGCGGCAUGCUGAUCUCCAACGGUCCCCUCCCCAAUAGAAGAAAAGGAAACGAAACGCGACUAAUCACUAGCAGGAGACAAACGGGCAUCGUGUUGGUCCUGGUUUAUCGCAAGACGCUAUACAUCUGUCCGGAGGGCAAACGAUCGGAAUCGGCGCCGCGGCUUGUCGUCUCAUCCCGGCUCUAUCCCUUCAGCCAGCCUCCUGGAGCUAUGCAUGAGCCCAACAGCAAUGGUGUUGGUCGAUCGCAUUUACCACAACAGGCCUAUUACCUUGGUAUGGUCGAACGCCCUCUCUGUGCUACCUCGCAACUCUCCCAAGUCCCAAAGUAUGGAUGGCAGUAUGUGAGACACAUCAACGUCAUUUCUAUCUCGACCGGGAAGCUCUGCAACAAGGUGCCGCCAUGA